UCCAACAUCAGUGUCUGACCUCACAAAUGUUCUACUACAUGGGCAUACUGGGCACACAUUACCACAGAAACACUCCAAAUUCUUCUGGAAAAUCUUCAUAAGUUAAUAUUGUUUGUUUAAUUUUUAACAUGAUUUCUCUUAUCUACAGGUAAAUAAUGCAAGACAAGUACUGUACAUUCAAAAAAUGACAUGAGCAGGGAUUUACAUUCAAAAUUCAUCUGGAUUUAUGUGGUCGACUUGUGUCAUGGAAAGAGCUAAAGUUCAUUUUCAAAUGAAAACCAACCUUCAGGAUGCCUGAAGUGAGGACAUUCACUACAAAGUGAUGCAGAGGACUAAAAAUAGAAACAAGACUGGACAUUUAAGACGUUGCCUGACACACACACUCAUCUCAGACUACUUGGUGCACAUCAAGACACACACAUUGAUGACAAUAUGAUUAUCUGAUAGCUUGUUGUUAUCUAUUUCCUCUGAGCUUCACACAAGUCAAGUCAGACACGAGUGAAAGGGAACGUGUGUCUUCUUGGCACAUGGUGGCUUUUUAAACUGAAGUAACUGACCUUGUGGAGACCAUCACAGCAUGCACUGUGUGAGCAGAGGAGGUUGCUACCUGGUGAACUCCUACUGUGAUCUUCAGGAGGACAACCGGUGGAAGAAGGAGAGCUAUCAGGCAUGUUGGCUGGACCUCGUCCUUGAAACAAGACCGCAAUACAAGCUGACACUGUCAGAGGUAGACAGCCUUCGCAGAGAGAGUUACAAGGAGCAACAGGUGGUCCACUUCAUGGUCCAGAGGAGUCCCAGCCAGACACUGAGGCUGGGCAGAGACAGCAAAGCCAUGACAAAGCACCAGCUACCCUUCUUCAACACCAGCAGGGAUCGACAUCGCAUCAGCACCUUUGGGUGUACAGAACAACAGCCAGUUGUACUGAGGAAAGGAAAUAAUGAAGCGGAUAAACAGGAAGUGACUACCAUAAGCCAGGACGUCAGGAAGCCAGCCAGAGUGAAUUUCAGAGCCUCGAGUCUGAUGUCGUCACCGAGGGAAAUCUCUCAUCGGCUGCAGAGGAGGGAGUGAAGCGAGGACGUGGAGGGUAUUGCAGUAGUAGAUUUGUGUGAUGAUAUACAGUUUUAUAGAUAUGACCACAUUCUGACACAGAAUCUUUACAACGAUUAUAGGAUAUUCAGCCUUCCAGGAAGAGAUUACACUUUUGUCAGGGGUCUCCAUGCCUAAUAAAGUUUCAUGAAACAGCGUCUGGAACCUCAUUUUGUCUCCUGUUUUCCUGCCGGAGAAAACACAUCCACUUACUUUGCACUGUGUUAGGAUCGGUAAUUUUGUAAUGAGUCCUUUGUUUCUGUCUAUUCCUGUUGCAUAUUGUUUUUUAACAUCUGCAUUUUGAGCUUUCACUUGAAAUAAAUGAUCAUUCUACAGCAUACAAAUCAAGGGCCCGUCAGUAAGAUGAUGUUAUAUUUUGGUAAAUCUAGCAGUACUUUUGAGAUUCUCAGGAGAAUACAAGAACAGCCUGGACAGGAAUUUCUUUCAUCAAAGAUUUAUUCAGAGGAUUUCACAGAAUGGUUUCGGUCAGCACAUUUGAAUUUACCGUAUUAUAUCCAGCACAUAUUCGCCAAGUUAUGGUGAAAACAGAAAACGCUACAGCUUUUGUUAACCCUUUCAUUACAGGGGUGUGGUAUGAUGAAAAAAGUUGGCGUUUGACUGCUGUUGUUGCAAUACUGUGGUAAGGUGCUGUAGUACUGAGGACUACUUUGAGCUCUGUUCCCUCAUUUGGA